AUGGCAAACCGCACAGAGAAAGCGGCGAAAACCGUCAAAGGUACAAAUCCCCAGUUUCUCGUCGAAAAAAUCAUCCGGCAGCGUAUUUAUGACAGCAUGUACUGGAAAGAGCACUGUUUUGCGCUCACAGCUGAACUGGUCGUGGACAAGGGAAUGGAUCUUCGAUACAUCGGAGGUAUCUACGCAGGAAACAUCAAACCAACUCCUUUUUUGUGCCUCGCUCUCAAGAUGCUACAAAUUCAGCCGGACAAGGAUAUCGUUCUUGAAUUCAUUCAACAAGAGGAAUUCAAGUAUAUCAGAGCUCUAGGAGCAAUGUAUCUUCGACUUACAUUUGAUUCAACCGAAAUUUACAAGUAUCUCGAACCAUUAUAUAAUGAUUUUCGUAAAUUAAGAUAUAUGAAUAAGAUGGGUCGAUUCGAAGCUAUCUACAUGGACGAUUUCAUCGACAAUUUACUUCGUGAAGAUCGCUAUUGUGACAUUCAACUUCCUCGUCUACAGAAGAGAUGGGCUCUUGAAGAAGUAGACAUGCUUCCGUCAUAUAAGUCACUUCUUGAUGGUGAUCUUGUUGCAAUGAGUGAUUCUGAUUCUGAAGAGGAAGAAGUCACAAAGAAGGAGAAGCCACGUUUGACAUCUAGAAGACGUAGUCGAAGCAGAGAUCGCGAAAGAGAUGUUGGUGAUCGACGAGAAGUUCGUGAACGAGAAAAACUGAAAGAACGAAGAGAAAGAGGAGACGAUGAGCCAGGGCCAAGCAGUAGUGGUAGUGGUAGACGUGAUGAUAGAGAUGACAGAAGAAGAGAUCGUGAUAGAAGCCGGGAUAGAGAUCGUCGAGAUAGAAGAGAUGAUGAUCGUCGUGAUAAGAAAAAAGAAUCUCGUCGAGGUGGUGCAGACAACGAUGAAGAACGCGAAAUCGCAGAAGCGAAUGCACUCCGUGCCAAAUUGGGAUUGGCUCCACUCGAGCGAUAAAUCUGUUUUUCUCAAUAUUCGAGCCUCGUUCUAAGUAUUAAUUUUAUUUAUUUCAUUCACAUUUUUCGUCCAGAAAAGGAUACAUUCUCUUUUAUUCCGACAAUGAAUCCUAAUAAUUGAA